AUAUAUCCUACAAUAAUUAUCAAAAAAAAAACAAAACAAUCAACAAAUCAAUCAAUUAAUAAUUAAUUAAUUAUUUUAAUUAAAAACUAAAAUAAUGGACCAUAAAGGUGGCCCAAUGGAACCGCCGCCGCCAUAUUCGGCCCAACCGGGAGGUCCGGGAGGACCGGUGCCACCGCCUCCCGGUUUUAUGGCCGGACAGCCGGCAGCUACCGUUUAUCCGGCACAACCAGGCUAUCAAAGUGGUUACCCCAUAGGGCCGUCAGUAGUUAUCGGUGCUCCCCCUGGAAGUGGCACAGUGGCUGCUGCUGUCAUAGUUAACGUACAGGGUUUCGGUCCCUAUCCCAUGCAAGUGACUUGUAGUCAAUGUAGUGCACAAGUAAUGACCGAAACGGUAGCCUCACCUGGACUUCUCACUUGGCUAUUGUCGGGCACACUGUUUCUCGUUGGUUGUUGGCUGGGCUGUUGUCUAAUACCCUGUUGUAUACCCGAGUGCCAGGACAUUGAGCACCGGUGUCCCAAUUGUAAGACACACCUGGGCACCUAUAGACGACUAUAAUAACAAAAAUUAUUAUUAUAACUAUUAUUAUUACUAUUAAGAGGACAUACCUAUUAUAUUAACAUCACUUUUUUAAAAAUUUGAAAAAAAUAUAAAUAAAUAAUUAUAAGAAAAGAGUGCACUCUAUAGAUAUAUAUCGCCUAAUAAUUAUAAAUAU